AUGAGACAGAAACAUUAUAUUGAAAAUGUAUUAAUUCAAUAUAACUUGCAAAACAAAAAGAACUUGCAAACACCUAUACAACCAAAUACUCAAUUAGUUACAGACAAUAAUCUACUAGAAGAUGAACACACAUUUAUGUCCAGAAUACUGUAUAUGAAUAUAGUUGGAUUCCUACAAUAUAUAGCAGAUUGUACACAACCUGACAUAGUGUUUAUAACAUCUCAACUUGUAAAAUACUUAAAAUGCCCUACUAUGUUACAUUAUAAUACUAUUGUGUAUUACAUACAUUACUUAAAGGGAACUAAAGACAAAUGGUUACUACUAGGACAAGGGAACCAUAAUAAUAUUAUUGGUUACACUAAUACAGACAGUAUGAUACAAGAGAAUAAUAAAGCAAUCUCUGGAUACACAUUCUUCUUAGGAGAAUCACUUAUAUCUUGGUCAAGUAAAGGACAAAAGUUAGUCUCUUUAUCAACAUACAAAGUAGAAUUAAUUGUGCUAUCAAAUGGAAUACAAGAAGCUAUAGCAUUACAAUACUUAGCAGAGGAGAUACUACAGAUCUCUAACACACUUACAAAUAUUUACUGUGAUAAUCAAGUAGUAAUUAAAUCUAUAGAAGUAGACAAAACAAAAUACUCAACACAAACUAAGUAUAUUGGUUUACAGUACAACUUUGUUAAGUGCUAUGUUGAGGAACAACUUAUUAAUAUUAAGUAUGUUCAAACAGAUGAACAGAGGGUGGACAUCCUAACUAAAUCAUUACAUGUUCCAAAGAUCAAACACUUAAUAAACCUAAUAAGUCUAGUUAAUGUUUGA